GUGGAAUUUUAGAAAGUGCAGAGAUCUCUGACAGGUAUCAACAUAUCAUCACGUGAUUGACACCGUAUGGUCAUGUCAUAGAAAACCGAUGUGCAGGCGAGGAAGUUUCCUCUACGGGGAUUUCCAGGCGGGCUGGAUCACGGCCCUUCAUGGACAGCUAAUCUUCGGCUACAAAUGGAGAUCCAGGAACCGAUGUGUAGUCCUCUGCGGAUAAUUUAAUUUCAGGUGGUCCGGAUCACGGCACCCCAUAAGCUGAAAAAUGGUAGGUAUUGAAGGAUCAGUCCUUGGGAUUAAGGUCGCCAUUCACCUCCAGUCAGCGCCAUCAUAACUGAGUUGGGCGCCCAGAAACUAUAGCUCAGACUUGCCUUUAACCACGUCAUCAUUGAUUGCAUAAAGCCGUUAGCUAUUUCAAACUCUCUGGUUACUGUUGUACAGAAACACACGAAGAGUAUACGAAAUGGCUGACGGGUUGCAGUAUCAAUUCAGUAGUAUCUGAAGUGUCAUCAUCGCCAGAUCUUGGGUUUCCGCCAAAUUAUCUCAUGAGAGUAAAGUCGUUCCUUUACUGCGUCCCGUCUCCAUCUUCGCAGUUCGUGCUCCGAAUUGGAUCUGUGUGUCCGUUAGUAGGUUCGAUCAAUAAACAACAGAUCGUCUUACCGCGCGUUUCUUCUCCUGGGACACAGAGUGCAUUCCCAACUUCCAUGCGAGGAGACGAAGUACUUUCUUCCCUGGCUCCAAUGCCGGUCCACCGGUGUCCAAUGCCUCAUUUGAGCCACCAAACCCACAUUUAUCCCACACAGGACACGCCAGUGACCAUCUCACGAGAUCCUCGUCAAGAUACGGAAAGCGGGCUUCUCGACCCCAGUUUGAGAUGGCCCGAUCAUCUCUCCCUAGGUUUCGCUUUCCCAGUCUACCCACAUCUAGGUCCAGCUCUUCAAUUAACCCUUCGAAUCCGCGCCUAGAAAAUGCUGUGGCAUGUCGGGUAUAACCUCCAAAGAGCUCGUCUGCGCCCAAACCCGACAAAAGAACUCGAGCUUCUGUUGUAUAGUCGGUUGCAGGAAUACUGUCGUCAAUGGAUGCUUUCCCAGAUCCUCGAGAUGCAAAAUACAAUGCACCUGCUAUAGAUAGGUCCAUUUCUGUGUUGUGUGGGUAUAUAAGAGAUACGACUUUACUUCUAUGAGCUAAGAAUUCUUCGUAUGGUAUAUUAGCCUAGAUAUAAUGUUAGAGCCAUAAGGUACAAGGCUUUGGGAUGCUUUACCUCUACGAAGUUCCAUUUCCGCCCCGGACAGACUUGUCUCAGCUCCUUGAGCGCACUUCUCCCAGUCAUUCUAUCUGGACACGCUUCAAAUGGGCUGUCCACCCCAACAGGCGGACAGACAACGGGUAGGGUAUCGCCUAAUGGAUCUUCUUUGGCUACAGCCUCGCCAUGAAUAUCUAGCUUGUCUCGUCCUUGCCGAGCUUUUCGCUGUAGCUUCACUUUUGGAGGUUGCUUUGAUGCCAAAACAACCCGUGGGUUCUCGAAGGCCACAUUAAGGAGAUCUAUCUGCUCUUCCAAUUGCAGUAUAUCAUGCGCCAUGCGUGCAAGGACUGCACAGUCCAGACCGCCAGAGAAUAGUAUGGCCAGCUUGACCUUGGCUGGACCCUCAGAACGCGGAGGAUCAGGAAUAUUCAGCAAGCGUAGCCGCAAUGAUUGUAUCAUAUGCUGCUCAAGUUGCCUGACAGAUUCGGAUAACAUAUUUAGAGACCACAGCGUCGUGGGGACUACUUGGUUAAGAACACCGAGAGAAAGCGACUGAAUAGAAAUCAGCUUUUGUUGCAAAACGUUGGCUGCACAGUUAUACUGUUGACUUACAGGAGUAGCACCCUGGUUGUCACUUGGCCAUGGGCAUCUGUAGCAAGGAAAGUGUUUGUUUCCCACGGAUGAUUCCUCUAGUAAAGCUAAACCUGGGGUUAUAGAUGCUCUAUCAAGCGCGGCCACAUAGAUCCCAUCUGCCUCAACUUCUUUCCAAGAACUGCUCGUUGGGUCCGCAAUACUAGAAAACUGGAUAGCAUCCGAGAUAUCUUCGGAAUUGUACAACAGCGAUCGUCUCCCAAGGCAGUCCCGCCCGAAAUAAACAAGACGAUGGAUUUUGUCAUAAUAAACGAAUGCAAAGGGACCAGAUAUGGUCCUCAGGACAUCGAGGACGCCAUUGAUAGACUCAUCAGCCGUAGACCUUGAGGUAAUACUGGCAUCAAGGAGGCCAAUAAUUGCCUCCCCAUCAUUACCCUCUACCGCAUCGUGGCCAAUUUUCCAGGCCUCUCCAUUCCAGCACAAGACCGAGCCGGUUUUUGUGGUUGAAAGUGGCUGCGCAGUUACGUGGCCGCCACGCAGAGAAAGCACGGUAGAUGUAAAUAGCAGCGAGACGAUAUCACCAUCUAUGGUUAAGGUAUUGGAGAGGUCCGGCCCCCUGUUGGCGAGGCGUUGUAGUAGUUCAGGGUUUGGGCUUGGAGCUUCAGUUUUAGAAAUGGAAGUAAAUAUGCCACACAUUUCUGCUGAAUAGCCCGACAGAGGCCUUUACCGUUAAGGUGAGAGACACGUUCACUCGAACCGUGCUGUUGUCCUGUCCGUCCUUACAAAUUUAGUUCGCUUGGGGUUGGUGAUGUCUGAUGUUCGUACCUCGCUAAUUGAGACUUCGUCAUUUGUUGGGGGUUUCACACAUGGAACUCCAUCACCACCUGCAGCUCUUAGGCUUUUCUACGUCUGGUAAGUGACAAGUGCACAAAAGCCGGUCCAUACACAAUAAAAGCAUACAGGAGAAUACUUGUUAUAGUGGAAGUUCAUUGUUCCUACCACCUCAGCCGCCUUACCUCGAUCACCUAACAGCUACGACCACUCCCAAGGUACCUACCGCCCUACCCCACCACGAACAGCUCACAGCUCCAACAACCUACCUACUCUUGCCACGGCGGCCGGCAAAUCCUGCAUGUCUCCCCCGAAACAGCAAGAAGGAGAAGCUGAACCGGACCGCGAUCUUGAGAACAAGCCGAAGUUGGAUGAGAUAGACACCGUGGUUGGGGACCGUUCGGGCACGAACGAUGACCCAGUAGGAAUUGCGGGGAAGGAGCUACAAGACGCAGGCAGCACGGCAGGUCCGUCAGACACGGGCAAGAUCAUUGAGGAUACGAUGGAAAAAGCUGGCACAGCCAGUGUGUCUACUGACGAGACAGCACUGGAGGAAAAGGCUGUGGAAAGCCAUCGGGAUCAACAAACCACGCUCGACGCGCCAACCACCGAAGCGCAAACUACCGAAGAGCCAACCACCGAAGAUAAAUAUGUCGGCUCAGAUCCGAUGGAGUCGUCAACGGCAACGCUGAGGCCACAUCCUCCUUCAAAUAACGAAUCGAACACUACACAAGUUCCGACUAAAAACAAUAUGUUCCUCGAGCCUACCCCGCACUCUCCACACACAGCCGUACCCCCGACGUCUAACAGCGCAUCUACACCUCGGUCUGGGGCUGGGGAAAGUCCAAGCGACAGGUCGCCGACACGGUCUGAUGCGGGAUUUGAUGAGAAGCCUUCUCCUAGCGAAGAUGGGCGCGAAGGAGAAUCCCGAUCGGAAAUACAGAGCAUCAUGGAUCAGUUCAGUGCAGAAGGAGGAGGGCCAGGUGAAGAGGAGGUGAUGUCUCCUCGAUUCGAGCUCGCAGGGCCAUUGCUUGGGACUCAGAUCCAGCAUCCUCCUAGGAAAUCAAGCCUUGACCCGCUGAAUCACAGGGUGAUCAAUAUAUCCCAAGGUUUAGAGAGCACUGAUUUGGGGAAGGGCGUAUCAUCUCGGCGCGAAAGCAAAGAUAGUGAUAUAGGCCCAGAAGUACCCCCCAAGCCCACCUCCAUGUAUGCAAUGCCAUCCAUGCGCUCGUCUGAGGGACACAUCUCACAAAUCGAAUCGCCCGUUUCGCCUCAUGCUACAUCGCUACAUCGACCCCCGCCACCAGAACCCGAACCGGAGCCAGACCUUCCUUUUGAUUUCCAUAGAUUUCUGGAGCAGCUGAGGCAUCGUACCGCUGACCCAGUUGCGAAAUUCUUACGGUCCUUCUUGCAGGAGUUUGGUAAGAAACAGUGGAUGGUGCAUGAGCAGGUCAAGAUUAUAGGGGACUUCCUGGCAUUUAUUACAAAUAAGAUGGCUCAGUGUGAGAUAUGGAAGGAAGUUUCCGAUGCGGAAUUCGAUAAUGCUCGCGAGGGCAUGGAAAAGCUUGUUAUGAACAGACUAUACACACAGACUUUUUCGCCAGCAAUUCCCCCUCCACAGCCUAUACCCGGGGCGAGGCCAAGGAGAAGAAACGGAGAGCGCCCAUUGGGGCCCGGAAGGAGAGGCCAGCAUCAAGAGGAUGUUGAGCGUGAUGAUAUCCUAGCCCAAAAAGUUGGCAUCUAUGGGUGGGUGAAAGAAGAACACCUAGACAUACCUCCUGUUGGGGAGAGUGGGAAGCGAUUUUUAAUUUUAGCACAACAAGAACUACUUAAAAUCAAUACAUAUAGAGCACCAAGAGACAAGAUCAUCUGUGUUCUCAACUGCUGCAAAGUCAUUUUUGGACUACUAAAGCAUUCCAAGUCAGAUUCGUCAGCGGACUCCUUUAUGCCUCUGUUGAUUUACACAGUCCUACAAGCAAAUCCGGAGCAUUUGGUAUCUAAUGUCCAAUACAUUUUGCGUUUCCGCAACCAGGAGAAGCUUGGUGGGGAGGCCGGCUAUUAUCUGUCCUCGUUGCUGGGUGCCGUUCAGUUUAUAGAAAAUCUAGACCGUACAACAUUGACAAUAUCCGACGAGGACUUCGAGAAGAAUGUGGAGGCUGCAGUCUUUGCCAUUGCUGAGAAACAUCGCACAGACGAGGCCGACGCUCCACCAACACCUACCCAACAGCUAUCCGAGAAGUCUGGGCAGCCUUCAUCGGAGCCCAAUUUUGGGAAAUCCACUGAAGCCGAAUCCUCGCAGCCAAGAAAAUCGACGUCAUCUUAUGAGUCUAACAAUGCUGACGGCGGCGAUGAAAAAGCAGCCAUGAGUGGACUAUUACGGUCCAUCCAAAGACCCCUAUCUUCCAUUGGACGGAUCUUCGCCGAUGACAGCUCUCAAGGUAGCCCUAGCAGAGGCCCUGCGACCGGCAAUACAUCAAGACUAUCGCCAGCGCCAAGAAAUACAGAGAGGCCCGUAAGCCCACAGAGACUUGUUGAACCGACCCGUGAUACUAUUGACAGAAACCACCUGCGUGCUGAGAAUGCGGCAGUGCGGCAGGCAAGCGUUGAAACAGCCCAAGCACAGCAUUUGGAAAGAGCAGAGCACGAAAAUGUUGUUGAGACACUUUCUGGCAUGUUCCCAGACCUUGACAAAGAACUCAUCAGCGAUGUAGUAGCUCAGAAGAACGGAAGGGUCGGCCUUGCCGUCGAUGCAUGCUUGGCACUCAGCUCGUAGUCUCAUAUCAGAUAUAUAAUAUUUACUCAAAGAUACCCCAUGGUGGUACUGGAACCGCAGCCAGAGAUGAUUACGGUUACAGAGCAUUACCGAUUUGAGCUUGCAUAGCGUUGGUUUGUUUGGCAUAUAUAUACCUAGGUCUCUGAUUGAAGUCUUGUACCUCUCACGGUUUCAUCAAAGAUAUAUGAAUGAUAAUUUGGAGUCAAUAGCCUUCUACUCAAGAAUGAGGCGUACCUUCCUUCUUUGACUGUAUAGCGAACUUACCGUACAUGCACCUGUUAAGUGCAAUGGCUCAUUAUAAGCUAUGUCCCGUCCAGUCGUUCCUGCCAGCGCCAGCUACAAGCACUGUGUACUAUACUUCUCUAUGCCAGGAACGGAAGGAAAGCUCCUUAUUGUUUACGAAAGGGUCACUCUUGCCUACAGGACGGCUGCUCGAUGUAUAUAGGUUUCGUUUUGGAGCUGCGAGAGGAUUUCCUCCUUCACAAUAUUAUGAUAAGUUAACGGAGA